CUUCGGGGAAACCCACCGGGGCGCGCGGAGGAGGGAGCGGCCGUGGGCUGCGGAGCCCGGCGCCGCGCCGGGCGGGGGCGCGGCCAAUCGGGCGGCGGGCCCGGCGCGCGCGGAGCCAGGCGACAUGGAGGGAGGCGCGGCGCCCGGCCGCCCCUGACGCGCCGCUCCGUCCCGGUGGUCGGCGAGCCCGAGCCGCCCGGGGCCCCGCGGCGCGGAGAUGAGCAGGUCCGCGGCGCUCCUCUUCUGCCUGCUGGGCUGCAACGUCUGGAAGGCGGGGACGAAGACGCUGCGGGAGCCCGGCGCCGGAGCCCAAGAGGUUACACUGAAAGUCCACGUCAGUGAUGCCAGCACCCACCAGCCCGUCCCAGAUGCGCUCAUCGAGAUUUUCACCAACCAGGUCUCCAUUGCCUCUGGCACCUCGGGCACGGAUGGCGUCGCUUUCAUCAAGUUCCAGUAUAAGCUGGGCAGUCAGCUGAUCGUCACCGCCACGAAGCAUGCCUAUGUGCCAAACUCUGCCCCGUGGAAGCCAAUCCGAUUACCUGUAUUUUCUUCACUGAGCCUGGGCCUGCUUCCAGAACGAUCUGCAACUCUAAUGGUGUAUGAAGAUGUUGUCCAAAUAGUCUCAGGAUUCCAAGGUGCCCGGCCACAGCCUCGCGUUCAUUUCCAGAGGAGAGCUCUGCGGUUGCCUGAGAACACCAGCUACAGUGACCUGACGGCUUUCCUCACUGCCGCCAGCUCCCCGUCCGAGGUGGACAGCUUUCCCUACUUGCGAGGACUAGACGGGAACGGAACAGGAAACGGCACCAGGUAUGACCUGACCCCAGUCACGGCCGUCAGUGUCCACUUGCUCAGCAGUGAUGGAACGCCAGUGCUGGUGGACGGCCCCAUUUAUGUCACCGUGCCCCUGGCCACCCAGAGCAGUCUGAGGCACAAUGCCUAUGUCGCGGCGUGGCGAUUUGACCAGAAGCUGGGAACGUGGCUGAAGAGUGGUCUGGGCCUCGUGCACCAGGAAGGUAGCCAGCGGACGUGGACGUACAUUGCCCCUCAGCUGGGGUACUGGGUGGCAGCCAUGUCUCCUCCCAACCCAGGUCCCGUUGCCACACAGGACAUUACCACGUAUCACACGGUGUUUCUUUUGGCCAUUUUAGGAGGGAUGGCUUUCAUACUUUUGGUUCUGCUGUGUCUCCUUUUAUAUUAUUGCAGGCGGAAAUGCUUGAAACCUCGUCAGCACCACAGAAAACUCCAACUUCCAACGGCCCUCGAGAGCUCCAAAAGAGAUCAGUCAACUUCCAUGUCUCACAUCAACUUGCUGUUUUCACGUCGGGAGUCAGAAUUCCCCGGCCCGCUCUCUGUCACCGGCCACGGCCGCCCGGACGCCCCUGGGCCGAAGGAGCUGAUGAGCGGGGUCCAUUUAGAAAUGAUGUCUUCCAACGGAGAAGCAGACAUGCACACCCCCAUGCUAAAGCUUUCCUACAGCACCUCGCAAGAGUUCAGCUCGCGGGAGGAACUUCUCUCCCACAAGGAAGAGGACAAAAGCCAAAUCUCCUUCGAUAACCUGACACCAAGUGGGACAUUGGGAAAAGAGUAUCGUAAGUCCGUGGAGAUUUUCCCCUUAAAGUCCAGGAAACCUGUGGAAAGAGAAGGCCGUGAGUCCCCUGGCAACAGUGAGUACAGGAGGAGCUACAAUGCCAUGCUCUCGCAGCCCCUGUUUGAAAAGCAAGACAGAGACGGCCAGGCCUCCGCUAACCAUAUUUCCACGGGAAGCAAACUCACCAUUCAGGAACACAUGUACCCCACGCCUUCAUCUCCCGAAAAGGAACAGCUGCUGGACCGCAGGCCUACUGAGUGUAUGAUGUCCCGGUCAGUGGACCACCUGGAGAGACCCACGUCCUUUCCGCGGCCCGGCCAGUUGAUCUGCUGUAGUUCCGUUGACCAGGUCAACGACAGCGUUUACAGAAAGGUAUUACCUGCCUUGGUCAUCCCCGCGCACUAUAUGAAACUCCCGGGGGACCACUCCUAUGUGGGCCAGCCCCUGGUCGUUCCAGCCGACCAGCAGCUGGAGAUCGAAAGACUGCAGGCUGAGCUCUCCAGCCCUCACGCGGGGAUCUUCCCGCACCCCUCCUCCCAGAUCCAAGCGCAGCCUCUGUCCUGCCAGGCCAUCUCCCAGCAGCACUUGCAGGAUGCAGGCGCCCGGGAGUGGACCCCGCAAGGCGCGUCCAUGUCAGAGUCCCUCUCCAUCCCAGCCUCCCUGAACGAUGCGGCCUUGGCUCAGAUGAACAGCGAGGUCCAGCUCCUGACCGAGAAGGCUCUGAUGGAACUUGGGGGUGGGAAGCCGCUCCCACACCCCCGGGCGUGGUUCGUCUCCCUGGACGGCAGGUCCAAUGCGCACGUUAGACAUUCCUACAUUGAUCUCCAAAGAGCCGGAAGGAACGGAAGCAAUGAUGCCAGUUUGGAUUCUGGCGUGGAUAUGAAUGAACCAAAAUCUGCCCGGAAGGGAAGAGGAGACCCCUUGUCCCUCGCACAGAACCACCCGGCCGUCCAGGAGCAUCCGCAGAAAGAGCCGCGGGCCGCGGACAGCACCUCCUACACGCAGCUCGUGUACCUGGACGACAUGGACCAAAGCGGCAGCGAGUGCGGCACCACCGUCUGUACCCCCGACGACAGUGCCCUGCGCUGCUUGUUGGAUGGCUCCGGCCGGAGAAGCGGCGGCCAGCUGCCCAGCCUGCAGGAGGAGACGACAAAACGAACUUCGGACGUCCCCCCGGAGCCGCUAGCCAGCCCGGAGCAGAGGAGAUCGGCCCAGGAGGACGACGAAGAGGAAGACGAGGAGGACCAAGGAGAGGACAAGAAGAGCCCCUGGCAGAAGCGGGAAGAGAGACCCCUGAUGGCGUUUAACAUGAAGUGAGCUGUCACAGCGCCACCCGUCGGCGGAACAUAAUAAAAAUUGCCAAAAAUUCUUUUCUUAGGGAAGCGUUUACUUGUUCGUGGAGGAGGUGGAGCAGCGGCAGCCGUGGAAGCGGACUUAAGCUGCAUCACGGUUCACUGUGUACAUGUUAGAACGGAAUUAAAGUUACCGGAUGAUGUUCGUGGACGCCUCACCGCCAGGGAGAUGGCUGAACAGGAGUGUCUGAAUGUGGCUCCUGCGUCUGGGACGCGCCUCCCCCCCCCCCCCCCACCCCCAUCCCCAUCCCCAUCCCAGGACACUGAGAAACCACGAGUGAUGUCGCUCAGCUCUGCUGAUAACCUCAGUUCUCCCUCAGAUUCUAGGAACAGAUGAGACUCUUUUCACAUUGCUUGAAUCCAUUUUAUCACGAUAAUGCUCCUGUGACGUUAUUAUUGGGAAAUUAGCGUAGCACUUAGUGUCUCGAGGUAUGCGUUAUCUCAAAGGAAAGCUAUGCACCGCUGCUUCGUGCUCUUGGUUUGCUUAGGUGUUUUUGCUUUGGUUAGCUUUCGUUUCGGGUUUGCUUUAGAAAACACACACACACACACACACACACACACACACACACACACAACUUGGUUGUGAAAGAUUUUAUUUGUUGGUUUUCAUCUGUUCUGCUUCUCGACGGUUUAUUUCAGUGUCUCUUUUCGCGAACUCCUGAGUGUCAUCUCUUAAACAAGCCUUUUAAUGAAAUCGUACUGAAGUUUUUUAUCAGCUGAGAGCCCUUCAAUUCUGGUCCCAUUAACUCCAAGUGCCUUUUUUACAGUGACAACAGCAGUCCCCUCACCUUUUCUUCUUGUUGUUGUUUUGUUUUUUUCCUUAACUCCUUUCAUUGAACUGCCUGGAUUUUAUAAAGUUAUUAAAUGAUACCCCUUUUCUUUAAGCUGCACGCUGCCAAAUGCCCGUUUCUGCUCCGAAUUCUCAUUUCAACGCAGUGUUCUCUCUAGUGCCCAUGUGUGACGUGAAUUCUGUUGAGCUAAGGUAGACUAGAGGACACUUUAGAGAUCCCCUGCCCUCCUCCGUCCCUUUGGCCACUAGCCACCAUUAUGGUUUCAUUGGCUGUUUGUAUAUACGGUUAUGUAUUAACUCGGGAAUCCUAUGGGGUGACCUUGCUCACCAGACACAGAGUAUGGACUGAGCAAGUGAAUGUGACUAUUACAGAAAUCGUAUGUACUAUCCAAAAGUGCCAGAAUGACUCUUCUGUGCAUUCUCCUUAAAGAGCUGCUUGGUUAUCCAAAAAUGAAAAUUCAAAAUAAAUGCUGAAGAAAAACAAAACAAACUAUCUUGUGGUCCUUUUCAUUCACUCUGAGCCACUAUUUGUUUCGGAGUCGCUAUUACGAAUUUGCUCUUUGUUCCUCGGCAGUCUGGUAUGCUGGUUGUUGGACUUCUGUUCAAAGACUCCAGAGUAGACACCUAGGAAUUUACAUCGAGGUUAAAUCCCACCUUGUGUUUAUUUAGUUUAUUCAAGAACACAAGGCGACAUUCUGUUGUGUUUCAGAUAGGGAGAAAUGUCUGCACAUUACAAAAAACUCGUGUGUUCUUUGAUGUUCAGCAUUGAUCCACUUGGAAUCGCUACAAAAAGUUUCCUUAAAAUGACUAGAACCAUCCCAGCUGCGUGAAACUAUUAGUCACAAUCAGUAAUGGAGACAUCAGAGCAGAGCGGAGCAGAGAACACAGUAAGCUAGCUAUGUAUUCAGUAACAGCUUCAUUACAAAAUCUUAUUUGUGAAUUCCAUGUGGACAGAGAACCAAUUAAGUUGAUUUUUAUCACUUUAAUUCUCAAAUGUUGAUACAUUUUGCUUUUCAAGGGGAAAAAAAAGUUGAAAUCCCCUGAAGCGUUGGGGCAUUUAAAUGGAUGGGAGUCUGGGGCACCUAGGUGGCUCAGUUGGUUAAGCACCAGACUGUCGAUUUCGGCUCAGGUCCUGCUCUCCGGAUUUGUGAGAUCACACCGCACAUCGGGCUCUGGGCUGAUAGCGCGGUGCCUGCUUGAGAUUCUCUCUCCACCCCUCUGCCUCUUAAAUAGAUAAACUUAAGUAAUAAUAAAAUAAUAAUAAAUACAUAAAUGGGAGUCUGUGGUUUCACAAUGAGGGACUGUUACGUUGACGGUAAACAUUCUCACCAGUAGGUGGCAGGUGAGCCCAUGCAGACUUCACUAAUAAAGGCCAGUUGUCAAUUGCCUCCCAAAGGAAAAGUAAGUGGCUCUCCAAGAAAUACCCCAGGGCAGACAUAGAUGACUGGGAGACUCUCGGCCCUCUCCAGCCCUGCCGAAGGUUGCUGCCAAUGCAAUCGUCUUUUUAAAGCAUCAGUUUCCAGAAAAGCCUCAUUUACCAUGCGUAUCACCUGUGAAAAGUAGGUAACACGUUUGGAGGGAGAGGGGCUUUUCUGCCGCUUUAUUAGGCAGGACAUACCUGGGUUGGCCCUGGUUAUGGAAAGUAUGCAGCAGCCAGCAGUGGUCACAUUAUGUGCCUAGGAGGACAAGGCAGUGAGUGGGUUUGCCAGAAGAAAACUGGUUCUGCCAGAGGUGACUCUUAACUCGUUUUACCCUUGUCUGAAAAGAGGCUCAGAGGAUAAUGUUUUUUGCUCAGGGCACCCGUACUGAUUACCAGACUGGAACUGUCUAGACAGAGCACAGUGACUAUGGAUUUAAACAUUUCAUUUAUGUUCUUUCUAGCCUGGUAAGAGUAAUAAAACACAUCUCAUUAUUAGGAACCAAUUGUAUUGUCUGAAGAACUAAAGCCAUCAAAGGCACCUUGCUUAUGCCACCUAGUGGUGAGCUUUCAUCUGCCUGUUGAGGAGACCAGACAGACCGCUGUCCAGGGCCAGCUCUGGGAACGUGGCGUGGGUGUGUGUCCACAGGAAUGGCUCGGACACUGGUUCUGCCCUCCAGACAAGGUGAGGAGAUGGGGACGGACGUUUGUUGAGUCUCUAUGAUAGAAACCAUAUCAGAAACAAUCGUGCAUUCAGUUCUCAAAAUCUUGGGAGGAAGUGAUGUUCCUUCUUUGUUUUACCUCUAAAUUGAGGCUUGGGGGUUAAGUAAGUGAGGCCACUCAGCUAGAAUCAGUGGGAUGCUGCUUAAACAACCAGCCCUCUGGAAAUGAAUGCGUUUAAAGUCAUAAGUGUUUCUGAUAAAGGAUGUAUGGGACACAACUUGCACAUCGUAAUAAAAUACGUAAUUGUAAAUUCUGUUUGACACUUGAUAGCCACAGAACGCUUUUGUUGAUUUUUGUCAUAGCCAGCCUGUUGCAGUUGACAAAAGGGUAUAGUUCUGACGUGAACAUCUGUUGAUUUUUUUUUUUUUUACAUUAAUGAUUAACAUGAAACAAAGGAGGAAGACACAUGUCAGACACAUGUCAGGACUUCACUCGAUCACUUCAUCGAUCACCGAGUGACUUCUUUGCUGAAGCACAUAAUAGUGUUUGACUACUGGGAAGGUAUUCCCUCAAUUUUCUGUGCUAUUCUCAACGUAAUGGUUCCAGACAUGGUACCAUUUUAAGUUUAAUCUGCAUUAUUAAUAUCUCCCCCUGUCUUUCUUUAAAUCUAGACAGUCAGCAAGUCAACCCUCUCUUGGGAACAUUUGCCAGUUCCCAUGGUGUAAAUGCUCCCACGUGGCCAAUUUCAAACAAUAGAGUGACAUCACCACUCUCAGGACUUGGGAAGGGGUACACAGUAGCAGAGUUACAUUUCCACCAAAAAGGUACAAUACAGGGAAAUGACCCCAAGAGCAUCGUCACAUAUACAGUUGAUCCUCAUCAUUUGGGGAUUCCAUAUUUGCAAAUCUGCCCGCUUGCUAAAACUUAUUUGUAACCCUGAAAUCAAUCCUCAUAUGCUCUUGUGGUCAUUCACAGACACGCAGAGCAAUGAGAAGCAUGAGAAUACAUGUAGCAGAUAAGUGUUGUUCAGGCAUUAGUCAGAGGGCUGUUGGCUGGGAGUUCAAUGUUAAUGUGUCAACAACGUGUAUUAAAGAAGAUGUCUUUGAACGGAAACACCCAUGAAGGUGAUGUUUUGAUCGGCUGAUGAAAACGUGACCAGACGCUUUCAGGAACGUAACCCUGUAUUUCCCCUGACUACAGUGGUUCUGACACAGGACUCACAAAAUCUGAGUUCAAGGCAACUUUACAGAACAUGACUACCACCGAUAACAGGAAUGGACUGCAGUAAAUAAUCAGGACACGAUGCACUUUAAGUAAUUAGUACCUUUUUCUUUAUUUUUAAUUAAAUUAUGUAUAUAUUUUAUUUUCUUAAUUAAAUUAUUUGUAAACUUGAAUAUGCUUUUUAAGAAUGGCUCUAACAACUGACUCGCAAAACUCCUGACAUUUCGAGGCACCUCUCAAAGGUCUGCCUGAUGCCAUCACCUGGUCCCUAGCUUUUUGAAGUUCAUCUGGAAACCUCUACUUAGGACAAAAGAAAAUCUAGGUGCAAUUGCUUUCCAGGCUCUGGUCUAACUUAGUGCAACAUGGGUAGUGUUUGCUGGAAAAAGGACCACAUUCCUUCUGGGGCAGAUCUGGCUGCAGGGCUUGGGAGGAAUUUAUGAAAGAGCAUGCCCUACCCCAUGCAAGGGAAUAUGCAACACCACUUAAGUAACAGACCCGGUGCCUCAGAACUUUAUUUCGUGUAAGCUAGCACAGAUAAAUGCUAGAACAGUGAGGCAGAACACCCAGAAAAUAGACCAGAAUCAAAAAGGAAAUAGACCAUAAAACCUAAAAAUAACCGGCCGAACAAGUGUGAUAAACUGUGUAAGAUUUCUUGCGGUUAGCCUCUUUUGCUUUUAUUUUUUUAUUUUUUAUUAUUAUUAUUUUUUAAAUGUUUAUUUGUUUUUGAGAGAAAGAGAGAGAGCACAAGCAGGGGAGGGGCAGAGAGAGAGGGAGAGUGAAGAGCCUGACACGGGGCUUAAUCUCAUGACCGUGAGAUCGUGACCUGAGCUGAAAUCAAGAGUCACACUUGACCCAGUGAGCCACCCAGGCACCCGGGAUUAGUGGAGUUUAUUUUGUUAAAAAGUUUUUUUAACCUUUAUUUAUUUUGAGAGAGAGCACGCACAAGUGGGGGAGGAGGAGAGAGAGAGAGAGGGGGAGACAUAGAGUCCGAAGCAGGCUCCAGGCUCCGAGCUGUCAGCACAGAGCCCGACGUGGGGCUCGAACCCAAAGACUGUGAGAUCGUGACCUGAGCUGAAGUCGGAUACUUAACCGACUGAGCCACCCAGGCACCUGUUUAUCCUUUUAUAAAUUUUGUUCUUGCUGACCUCUGUAUUGGGGGGACAUGGGGAUUAAAAAUGAGCAUAGCUAUAGAUAGGACUUGUGAUGAGUUUUCAACUAUUUUGAAAUUGCAUUUUUUUUGUUUUAGUUUUUUUUUGAGGUAUAACUGACAUAGAACAUUAUACCCGUUGCACAGCAUGAUUCAAUAUCUGUAUAUAUUGUGAAAUGAUCACAACAUUAAUCGAGUUCACAUCCAUCACCACACACAGUUACGGGAUACUUUUUCUUGUGAUGAGAAGUUUUAAAAUCUACUCUCUCGGCAACUUUCAGAUAUGCUGUACCGUAUUAACUGCGGUCACCAUGCUGGUAUUACAUCCCCAGGACUUAAUUUUCAACUGGACGUUUGUGCAUCUUCCAUGAUUUCUUGUUGGCUAUUUUGACACUAUAAUUAAAGCAAGUCGCAGUGAUGUUUUGGGACUUUUAUGACAACACUUGACAUCCUGGAAGACCUGUCCAAGGGAACUUGAUGGUUUUCAGGAUCCAUGGAAAAGGAGAAGGAACGGUUGACGUAGCAGAUGUGGGAGAGAUUCAGCAGAGCUCUUUAGGUAAAGUAAUCGCAGCCUCUUCUUUUCCCCCCUGAAAACUGUAUUUUCAAAGCUGUGGAUAUAAACACCAAAACCCAUGGUAGAUGUUUUUGUCAUUCUUAACAGAGAUUGCGAGCCCGUUGGUGCUGGUGUUCUGGCACCUGAGAACUGGCUAAUAAUUCCUGUAAGACCUUUUACCCUCCUGCAGGAUGAACGGGAAGGAGCGCACGGGAGGACGUGGAACAUGAGAGAGCCUUGAUGACCUCACGCGGGAGGAAAUGGGAGCCAACCGUGAUGAGAUGACCACUCCACACCCCUGGUGCUGAAGAACGCUUCGUCUGAUUCAGUCGCUUGGUGUAUGAGGGAGAAGUGAUUGGAGGCCUGUAAAUUACUCACGGGAGCCCCCCAGAAGUCACCCCGAUGCAACACAAGUCUGAGAGACGCCACAGUAGGGGAGUGCAGAAUGUGCUGGGUGAUGGGUCACACUGUCACAGCUACUGCAAAAGAAAAUGGGCUGUGAUUUAGGCUAUCAGUACAACAGGUAAUUCAGAAAAUUCUGACGUAAGUAAACCUUCUUCCAGCCUCUCUAUCCACUGCACCAAGGGUUUAUCUUCAUAGGCAGACAUGAAGAUCACCCUCUAGCUUGUAAAAGAAAGAGGAACUGAAAAUCAGAUGUAGGAACACAGAGCUCGUGGACACAAAAGAUGACACUGACAGUCCUUUCCUGGUAAUCAGCAGAAGGAAAGGCAUUAGAGCCAAAGGUUUGUAGAAGCAGAAACUGCCCCUUAGAUAUCCUACUUACUUGCAACGAUUAAAGGUAGAGACUCAGUCAGAUGCUCUCAGUUCUUAGAAGAAUCACUUCAGUUGAAUCAAUGUAAGACAAGCAGCAUCCACUGACUUGAGAGAAAGGUCUAGUAGGACCUGGUACCUUCGGCUUGGCAAAAUUGCCUUCCUGGGGAAUGGUCCCAUCUACAUAAGGUGCUAAGGCCAUAUGAGAAAACUCACACCCCAAUCCCUUCUCUGUGGUAUUUAAACAGACCCACAGACGGGUCUGUUAGCUGUGAAAACAGCAGCAACAACAACAACACAUAGGAAUAAAGGUCCGUAAGAUCUCUGAAAUAAAAUGACCGUGAGGAUUGAGAGAAACAAGACCACAGUGGGUAGGCUACCGCUUUGCGUCAGGAGGGGGAAAUCAAGGAAGGAGCACUUCUGUCCAUGAGGUGGCAGAACUUCUUCUGGGGGCAGGCUAACAUUCCAGGGGAGGGGUUGAUGGAGACAACCCCGUGUGUAGACCCAUCCUGUCAGCAGCAGCAGGGAACAGAAUUCCCUCAGGGCACCCGUGGGAGCAGAGAGGUGCAUUCUAAAGUAACUGACUUCCAAGAGGUAUUGAAACAUUCCCCAGCUCCCUCUUUGAACGCUGCCCCUGGGGCAUGAUGGGGUGGGGCAGGCAAGUCAGGCCCUGAGAUUCGCAGCUACAGUGAGUCACAUAGAAAGACUUAGAGAUCAGGACAGGUUAGAUCUUGUCCUGCUUGUCGCAUCACAUGGGGUGGAGAGGGAGCACGGGGACCCUAGGCAGGUGGAGGGCAUUAUUUUGUAAAUCUGAGCGGAAAUAAACAUCUUCGGGGACCCUUGAGAUUUGGGGGUUGGGGUGAGUGGUAUACUGUCUCUGAUGGAAUCCAAAGAUGGAAAUCUAGGAUGCCAGGGGUGGGAAGGGGCCAAGGCAGGCUCAAGGGGGUCCCUUCUUCACAUCAACAUAGACCAGGGGCGCAAACAAGGAGAGCCGUCGUUUAUAACACUUCAUGCUGACCUGGAAACAGAACACGGCCUUCACAGCUGUUGCCACCAGGCGAGCUGCAGGCGUUCUACCACUUCCUGGACACCUGCUCUCUGCCCAGGCUUCUGCCGAUAAUGCUGGGCCUCUAAAUCCCCUCAAAGAUGGGCCGCAGGGGCGCCUGGGUGGCUCAGUUGGUUAAGCAACUGACUUCGGCUCAGGUCAUGAUCUCACGGCUCGUGGGUACGAGCCCCACGUCGGGCUCUGUGCUGACAGCUCAGGGCCUGGAGCCUGCCUCGGAUUCUGUGUCUCCCUCUCUCUCUGCUCCUCCCCUGCUCAGGUUCUCUCUCCCUCUCUCUCUCUCUC